AUGCGCUCCUCGCUGGACGGGUCAAGUAAGUCAAAUGAUCAAUCCGACCCUGAUUCCCGACCGAGCUUAUUGAAACCCCCUUCCGAACUAGACGAAAAGGCCCAACAUGCCUACAACGACACAAGCGGUGUUGGUGCGCGUCAACUGGAGUAUGAUCCCGAUAUCGCCCAUCCCGCUGCUGGCUACAGAGAUGCCGAGACGGCUGUGCUGCCAGCCGGUGUCUCGGAGCGGAAACUCCUCACCAAGAUCGACCUUCGGGUGAUUCCCGUUCUGUCUGUCCUCUAUCUAUUGGCCUUCCUGGACCGAACCAACGUUGCGAAUGCUGCCAUUUUUGGCCUGGUCAAAGAUCUCAACUUGACCGCGACACAAUACAGCACGGCAUUGACCAUCUUCUUCGUUCCAUAUGUGGUCUUCGAGAUCCCCUCCAAUAUAAUUCUGAAGCGCCUCAAGCCCCAUGUCUGGCUUUCCCUGUGCAUGUUUGGAUUCGGCUUGGUCACUGUGUGCCAAGGAUUGGUACAAGGUUAUGGCGGCAUUAUUACCACCAGAUUCUUCCUUGGUUUGUUCGAGUCCGGAAUGUUUCCAGGAAGUUUUUAUUUGAUUGGAAUGUGGUACAAGAGAAACGAAGCCCAAAAGAGAUAUACCUUUUUCUUUGCCAGUACCACCUUGGCUGGCGCCUUUGGCGGUCUCCUCGCUUCGGCCAUCGGUAAGAUGGACGGCAUGUGUGGCUAUCUCGGAUGGAGAUGGGUCUUCAUUCUCGAGGGGUGUCUGACAUGCGCUGUCUCAUUCGUCUGGUUCUUCAUUAUCCCAGAUUUCCCAGAGGACGCCCAGUGGGUGACCGAGACCGAACGACAGUACAUCAUGGCUCGACUCCGUGAGGAGCAAGGCAAAUCCGCCAUCGAAAAACGUAUCACGUUCAAGGCCGUGGUCAACUGCUUCAAAGACUACAAGUUCAUCUUGGGCUGGCUCAUGUAUUUUGGCCUGAUCGUACCUGCUUACGGUUACGCCUAUUUUGCGCCCACUAUCAUCAAGACAUACGGCUACAGCAAUAUUGGAACGCAACUGCACUCUGUUCCACCGUGGGCAGCGGCCUUCGGGUUCAGCAUGUUAGUGGCUGCCCUCUCCGAUCGUCUGCGACAUCGAUUCCUCUUCACCGUCAUACCCAUCUGCAUUUCCAUUGCCGGCUUCGCCAUUCUCAUGAUCGAGCACGAUGACCACCAUCUAGAGUAUGGCGCUCUUUUCUUGAUCACUUCUGGGACUUACAGCGCCAUGCCCAUCAUCGUGUGCUGGUUCAACAUGAACCUCGCUACCCAUACCCGCCGUAGCGUUGGUUCGGCGUGGCAAAUUGGCGCUGGCAACAUCGGAGGCAUUAUCGCCAGCUACAGUUUCGAAGCCGCAGAUGCGAAGACCUUCUUCCACAAAGGCUACAGCAUCUGCAUGUCAUUCAUCUGCUUGAGUGCGGCCAGCUGUGUGGUGUACUUUUUGGCUUGCUUGACCCAAAAUCGGAGCCGAGAGAAGAAUCACGAUGUGGGGUUGACCGAGUACGAGAAGACUGAAAUGGGCGAUAUGAAUCCAGAAUACCGGUACAUGCUUUGA